AUGGCAGCCAUUCGCAUAGCACCAACCCGAGCAGCAAGAGCACUCAACCUCUUGCGUGCAGUAGGCACACACGGUCCAGGAUGUCCAUGCCACAGCAACCCCGGACACCACCACAAUCCUCUGAGCAUUACCCAAGGACGACGAGCACUCGCGACACCUGUCGACUACUCGCAACAGAAGGAAUAUGCUUUUGAGAUGGCAGCAUCGAGCAUUCGAUUUGGACCCGGCUGUACCAAGGAGGUUGGCAUGGACUUCAAGAACAUGGAAGCAAUUGCGUUCGCCAAACCUCACGCUCCGGACGCGUUCCUUGCUGUCGGAGGUGGUUCAGUCAUCGACACGGCCAAGCUCAUGAAUCUUUAUACAAGCUUCCCUGAGGCCGACUUCCUGGAUUUCGUUAACGCCCCUCUUGGAAAAGGACUGCCUAUUCAGGGCAAGCUGAAGCCGCUUGUCGCAGUACCCACUACAGCAGGAACUGGCUCCGAGACAACGGGCACGGCCAUUUUCGAUCUGGUGUCAAAGAAGGCAAAGACGGGUAUCGCACAUCGUAACCUUAAGCCAACGCUGGGCAUAUGUGACCCUCUUAACACCCGUACCAUGCCUUCUGCUGUGCACGCAUCAAGUGGCCUCGAUGUUCUUUGUCACUCUCUGGAAUCAUGGACGGCCAUUCCUUACCACGAACGCGUACCAAGACCUCGCAACCCGAUCGAACGACCAGCAUAUCAGGGUGCCAACCCAAUCUCAGACAUCUUCAGUCUGCAAGCUUUGAGGGAUACAGUCAAGUACUUGCCCAGAGCAGUCAAGGAUCCGGAUGACCACGAAGCACAGAGCAAGAUGCUGUUGGCAGCAACCCUGGCAGGUGUUGGUUUCGGUAAUGCAGGUGUUCAUCUGUGCCACGGCAUGAGUUACCCUGUCAGUGGUCAAAAUCCAGGCUACAAGCACAAUGGCUACAAAGUAGACCAUCCAAUUAUUCCUCACGGUGUCAGUGUCGCGGUCACCGCACCUGCUGUCUUCAAAUUCACCGGAGCAAGCAAUCCAGAAAGACAUCUUGCGGCAGCCGAGUGCUUCGGCGUGGACAUUAGUCAGGUCAAGAAGGAAAGUGCUGGAGAGGUUCUGAGUGAAGCACUGGCCAAAUUCUUGGUAGAUCUGGGUGACCAGCCUAGAGGAUUGAAGGAUCUAGGCUUUGGAAACAGCGACGUGGACCAGUUGGUCGAGGGAACCAUGCCACAAGCAAGAGUACUCAUGUUGGCACCAAGCUUGGAUAUGCAGAAUGUGGACGAGGAGAGAGCACAGCUGAGACAGCUCUUCGAGGACGCCAUGGAGUAUUGA